AUCUGUUGUUUUUGUAGGCUCUUAACUCCGCCUCCCAAAAUUCAUUAGAAGCAUCAAUACUUAGCAAGUCCAGCGAGUCAGAAUUAGAAUAAAUGAUUCACUGCUCUCGGCACAAAAAGUUUGCUUAUUUAUUAAACAGCAGUAUCAUUUAAAGGAAGUCUUUAUUUUAUACAUUUAGUAAGUGCAUAGGUCUAUCAGAUGUGUGUGUAGAACUCGGACAUCACGCUUCAAAUCAAUGGAUUUUUUUCCAGAAAAAUAAUAAAAAAAUAAGUACUGGAGAGAGACAAAUUUCUCAUACUUCCGGAGGUGUAACACUACGACACUAGUCAGGUUAAGCAACAACUUGCUAGAGUCUAAGAAAAACAAAAUGGAGAAGAUUGGUAAUGAAAUACAAGAUGGAAAUAAGGCCCAAAGACUGUGAGCUGAGAUCACAAAAUAACAUGGAAAUCAAGAUUUCAAGAGCUGUGAUUAGGAAUUAUCACAGGAUACAAUCAUACAUGAGGAAUACAAGCUGACCUGACAGCAGACUCUACAAUGCCUGGGAAAUUUAUUCAGCUACUUCUGGCCAAUGCACUGACUUGCGGUCUAGAAAUCUGCAUGGCUACAGGCACCACUUACAUCCCACCUCUGCUGCUGGAGGCGGGUCUUGAGGAACAGUUCAUGACCAUGGUGCUAGGUGUUGGACCAAUGUUGGGGCUAGUAUUUGUACCUAUGAUUAGCUCCGCAAGUGAUAGAUGGAGUGGGCGUUUUGGCCGAAGGCGGCCGUUCAUCUGGGCCCUGUGCGUGGGUGUGCUGCUAGGUCUGCUAUUGAUCCCACAUUCCCAGCGUUUAGCCAGCCUGCUGCCAUGGCAUCCUCGCUGGUUGGAAUUGCUACUGUUGGUGGCCAGUAUUUGCCUACUGGAAUUUUGUGGCCAAGCAUGUUUCACACCGCUGGAGGCGCUGGUAUCGGAUCUCUUCCCCGGGGCAGAGGAGAGCCAGAAAGCCUUCUCUAUCUACUCACUCAUGCUCAGCCUGGGUGGAUGUGUGGGCUACCUGCUACCAGUGGUAGACUGGCAUGCUGGGGGCUUAGCAGUCUACCUGGGCAGCCAGGAAGCCUUAAUUUAUGCCCUGCUCACAAUUAUCUUACUGCUCUGCAUGCUGAGUACCACAUUCAUCUCUGAAGAGCUUGGGGCAACUGUGACACACUCUGACACUGGACACAUGUACAAGACCAAGAAGUGUCCUCCAUGCCUUUUCCAACUUCACCCCUUGCAUUUGUACAGAUCUCUGAGAAACUGCCUUUCACUGCUGCCCCAGCUGUACAAACUGUUCCUGCAGGUGCCACUGGUCAUCCGCCGGUUGUUUGUGGCUGAGCUGUGCAGCUGGAUGGCCCUCAUGACCUUGAUUCUGUUCUAUACAGACUUCAUUGGAGAGGGUCUGUAUCAUGGAGUGCCCACUGCCCUGCCAGGCACACAGGAGAGACUGCGAUAUGAUGAGGGUGUGCGAAUGGGCAGCCUAGGACUUUUCUUACAGGGUUCCACAGCAGUGGUUUCCUCCUUGAUGAUGAACAAGCUGGUAGCCCGGUUGGGCAUGAGGACUGUGUACCUAAGCAGUGUGGUUGUCCUGACAGGAGCCACUUCAGUGAUGAGUUUCUCCAGAAACAUUUACCUAGUUACUCUCAUGACCAUGGUAACUGGAUUUACCUUUUGCACACUUGAAGUACUUCCCUACAGUCUGAUCUGCCUGUAUCAUUCCAAUAAGCUGGUUUUUUUCGCCAGUUCCCAGUCAAAAAUGCAACCGGUUCAGGUAGAAGAUAUGGAGCAGAACAUGAGCUUGCUGCCUAAUAGCAAAAAGCAGAUAUAUAGUGAAGGACACCCUGUGGAAAUGUCAUCACCAGGACACAGACCUUUCAGAGUCACUGAUCCUCACCCCAGCAAUGUGUUUAUACCAAUGAGCAAAGAUCCUUUACCUGACUCUCUAUCUACCCUUUCAGCACAAUCCAGAGGUCUAUGCUUAGACAUGGCCAUCUUGGACAGUGCCUAUUUACUCUCCCAUGUAGUACCAUCUCUGUUCUUGGGUUACAUUGUGCAGCUCACCCACAGUGUGACUGCUUACAUGAUCUGUGCCACUGGCUUCAGUUUCCUGGCCAUAUACUUUUCCAGACGGGUAAUCAUUGACAGGACUGACCUGGAGUGACUGUGUAUACUCUGUUGUUCCAUCAACAUACAUUCAUGAUUGAACCAAUUCAGACUUCUAUACAAUUCCAAAAUGUCCCCAUAGUGUCCCCAUAAUGUGAUAAAUACCCGGUUCCCUGGUCCCCAUAAGGGAAAACUCUAUUUUAUAAAAAUCAGUGACUGCUAUAAAAAAACUAAAAAUGCAAAAACUCUUGCAUUUUACUUGGUUACUUAUGGUUAUGGUUAUAGUUAUGGUUAGGGCAGGGUGGGGGUUAAGGUUGUCAUAGUUAACGUUAGCAUUUUUCCCAUAGAAGUGAAUGAGCGGGCCCCAUAAAGAUAGAUAUACCCUUCGUGUCUGUGUGUGUGUGUGUGUGUGUGAGUGUGUGUGUAUCUCUGAACACUAAGAACAGUUCCUAAUCAAAUUGAACUUUUUACACCUUUUUAAAUUCCUCCCUUGGGUUUCACCUCACCCUGUGUCAUUGGAUGUGGCUUGUUGCUGUACUCAUUGCCAGUCGCAGCACCUUUCACACUGACAGGUCCAGAUAUUUAACCUGUUAGUUAUCUGUCGGGCAUCUGCGAUGCACUGGCAACUCCAUCGGGUGACGUGAACAGUUAACAUAUAGCGAUCGAGCACUGAUUUGCCAGCACCUACUGCACACUGAUUUGCCUCUGAUCUGGGGCUUUUCUUAACAAUUUCCAAAAACUGUUAGUGAGUGUAAAAACUGGGCUAAAAUCAUGUAGUAUUAACUUAGCAUUAUUUAUGCUAGAAGCAGACAUGCACCAACUGGGUAUAAAUCAUCCAAUGAGAAAGAUGCAUAGAGACUGUAAGAACUGGUACAUGCAAUUGCAGAUUUAUCCGUAUAUAAAUGAUUGGUUAAUAAGAAUAACAACCAAUGCUUUGAGAUGGCUACUGUGAUGUCUUUACUCAUAACAAACAGGGAUUUUGCCGUAAUUUUCGUUGUCAAACAUUCUUCCAUUUAUUUUUAUUUUGUCAUGAAAUAAAAGGUCGUCAGCAAAUUUUUAUCGUAAAAAUUUUCGUUGACAAAAUUAACACUGCUGGUUUGUCAAACUUUAAGUACAAGACAAUAUUAGAAAUACAUAAAACAAAUGUGACUGGGUUUCAGUAGUUUAUAGCUUUUAGUAACACAUUAUUUAGCCACAACAGCUGAAAGUAUUGGUUUUAAAGAAGACAUAUCAGGUCUGUCUUCAGUGCAUUGACAUAAACUUUGUGUAAUGUCAGAACUCGAUUUGCUCUUGGCCACUCUUGAUUCUGUGUUAAUGAAGUAAACCAUAACCACUUUACUCUCUUGUGCCAGAUCAGUUUGUGAGAGGUUUAAUGCACUGUCUGCACCUCAUUUCAAUCUGUUGUACUGUAUCACAACUGAUAAGUCAGAAUUUUUGAUAAAUAUUUGUUAUUUUUAUGCUUGUAAUGGCUAGAAAGGGGGGGGUGGCAUGGUGGUGCAGUGGUUAGCACUGUUGCCUCGCACCUCUGGGACCCGGGUUCGAGUCUCUGCCUGGGUCACAUGUGUGUGGAGUUUGCAUGUUCUCCCCAUGUCGUCGUGGGGUUUCCUCCGGGUACUCCGGUUUCCCCCCACAGUCCAAAAACAUGCUGAGGCUAAUUGGUGUUACUAAAUUGCCCGUAGGUGUGAAUGGUGUGUGUGUGUGUGUGUGAGUGUGCCCUGUGAUGGGCUGGCCCCCAUCUUGGGUUGUUCCCUGCCUUGUGCCUAUUGCUUCCAGGACAGACUCCGGACCCCCGCGACCCAGUAGGAUGGCUAGAAAGGCACAGCUAAGAAAUCAAAAUUUUGAGUGAAGGGUUCUGUCAUUGCCACAAUUGACCAACUCUUUACAGAGAAAAAGGUUCACAGGAAGCAACAGUGACCUGAAACUGUCUGGGGCAAGGAAAGUGACAUCAAAGGUUAAAAAUCAACACUUAGUUCUGAUGUGCAAAAGAAACUAGAAAAUGACUGUAAUGGUCUGUGAACUGCGAUUAAUGUGAACAGAGGGAAACCGGUACCUCUUAAAACAGUCAAGCAAAGACUGAGCAAAGAGAGCAGCUGGACUGCAUGGUGGAGUUGCUGCUAGAAAACAUUUACUUUGUGUUAACAAGUAAAAGAACCUCUAUAAGUUAAACAACACAAGCACUGGAGUAUACAUAACUGGGAGCAGGUCUUGUGGAUGGAUGGUUCAUCCAUGGGACAAGUUGGGCCAACAAGUUUAAAAUGAGCGUUUAGCAAAUGAGACAGAACUGUCUGCAUGCUUGAAAAGUUGCUAAGAGGGUUUGGACGCAAGUUUCCAAAAAUUGCUGGAAUGGAUGCUGUGAAUCUGCUGCUGUGAUAAGGCAGGGGGAAAACUCAUGAAAUUCAUUAAAUUGCACUUACAAUGCACCGUAAAUUGUUUCAUUAUACUUCAAAACCAGUGAGUUACAUUUAAGUGUGUCAAAUAUUUUCUUUUAAUAAAAGUUUGAAAAAGCA